AUGUUCCCCCCCUCUGUUCGUUCCUUCUUGUGCUCCUUCUGUCUCUCCGUGGUUGCUGUAUCUGCCGCUCCGGGACUUUCUCUUUCACUUUCUGGUGCCGACUCGGUGGUUGAUGUCCAGAACCUUAAUGUAGCCGCAACGCUAACUAACACUGGUGACACGACAAUAAAGGUCCUAAACGACCCUUCCAGCAUCUUGUCGACGUUCGCGACCCAUACCUUCGCCAUCAGCAGCGAUAAUGGAUCCCCCACUUUCACUGGUGUCAAGGUCAAAUAUGACCCCGACUACGUCGUGAAGAAGAACGUGUCCUCAUCCUUCACGGUCCUUGCACCUGGUGAAUCUGUCACCGUGAAUCAUGCUUUGGGUUCUGCUUACAACUUCACCGCCUCUGGCGAAGCUUCAUACAGCAUCGAGCCUUCCAGUCUCUUCUAUUAUGUUGACCCCGAUAACAAUGUGCUUGCCAGCAUCAACGCUGACACGCAACAGCACACUGCUAAGAUCAGCGGCACGCUUGCGGUUCCUCGCCGCUCCAACCUCAGCAAGAGAAUCAGCUACAAUGGCUGCUCUUCCUCCAGGCAGACCACCCUCAUUUCGGCUGCUGCUGCUGCCCAGACCUACGCCCAAGGAUCCUACACCUACCUGUCUUCGAACACGGCCAGUACCACACGUUAUGUCACCUGGUUCGGGACUUAUACCAGCGCUCGCCACGCCACCGUCCUUUCGCACUACUCCAACAUGCUCGCUCACCCUUACGCUGACUAUGAAUACGACUGUACUUGUACAGAGUCUGAUGUCUACGCCUACGUUUACCCCUCUGAGUUCGGGACUAUCUAUCUCUGCCCAGUCUUUUGGGAGACCACCACUACUGGCACCGACUCCAGGGGUGGAACUUUGAUUCAUGAGUCCUCCCACUUCACGAUCAUCGGUAGUACUGAAGACUACGUGUAUGGUCAGACUGCAGCCAAGUCCCUCGCGUCGAGCAACCCCAGUGAAGCUAUCGAGAACGCUGACAACCACGAAUACUUUGCAGAGAACAACCCUUCGCAGUCUUAA